CGGAAAAACACUGUUCGGACUGCCGCCAAAAGAUCAAUAUAUUUAAAGGGAUAAACCAUGCACCACGGAUCGCAGAUAUUCGAAAACAACAUACCAUCAAAAUAAAUAGUUUGGGAGCGUUAUUGUUUUUAAUGGUACGAUCACGAAGAGAAGGUUUGACAUGUGGCCAGUGUCAGUGUCUGUGAAAAAACUUUGUGCUUUUUGUUUCUGCGGGGCUGCUUUUGUGUAUUUAAUCAUGACGUUCCAGGUUAUUGGACAGCUUGGACAGUUUGAGCACAAGGCACUCAGACAGCGUUUAACACCGAUACAGGCCGCUGAGGGUAUUAGGGCCCAGGCAAUUCCUCGUGGCUCAGAGUUCCAGGACCCUGUCAUUGUGUGGUGGUCUCCUCUGACCGGAGAACUGGGACGUCUUGGAGAGUGCGGUCCUAACAGAUGUUUCUUCACUGUUAACAAAUCUUAUCAUUCUCAUCCACACACAAAAGCUUUUCUUUUUUAUGGUACCGAUUUCAGCAUUAAAAGUCUUCCCCUUCCACGUCACAAGCAGCACCAGUGGGCGUUGUUUCAUGAGGAGUCACCCAAGAAUAACUAUAAGCUCUUUCACGCGCCGCUCAUUACCCUGUUCAACCACACAGCAACCUUCAGCCGGCACUCUCACCUGACCCUCACGACGCAGCACCUGGAGGGCCUUGGGGCCCUUACCGCACAAACGCACCUGCUGCCUCUGUCCUACAAAAACCAGCUGAGGAGAACUCUGGCACCUGUGGUGUAUGUUCAGUCGGACUGUGACCCUCCGUCUGACAGAGAUGUUUACGUUCAAGAGCUGAUGAAGCAUAUUCAAGUGGACUCAUACGGACGGUGUCUUCAUAAUAAAGACCUGCCGCCUCAUCUGAGAGACUCCACUGCGAUGGAGGAUCAUGAUUUCUACCAGAUCCUCGGCCAGUACAAAUUCAUCCUGGCCUUUGAGAAUGCAAUCUGCGAUGACUAUAUCACUGAGAAGCUGUGGAGGCCGCUCAAAUUAGGUGUUGUACCGGUGUACUACGGUGCUCCUAAUGUACGCAUGUGGUUGCCAAAUAACAUAAGUGCAAUCGUGGUCAAUCCCGAUGACCCACCAGAGAAGCUUGCUCAGUAUUUAAAGAGGUUGGACGGGAAUGAUCGGGAGUAUCUGAAAUAUCUGGAGUGGAAGCAAAAGCGGGGAAUAACUAACGUGAAUCUGAUGACCGAGCUGAAGGAGCGCCAGUGGGGUGUUCAAGAUAUUGGUCAGGAUAACUUCAUUGAUGCUUUUGAGUGCAUGGUGUGCAAUAGAGUCUGGGAGAAUAUCCAUCGGCAGGAAAAGAAACUGCCGUCUAAAGUCUGGCAAGCUGAAGAAAGCCACCUCACAUGCCCGCCUCCAAAACUGUUUGAGUUUGCAGUGAGAAGCAGCUCGUCUCUUCGUCAAAUAUGGAGAGCCAGUUAUGUGCAGUCCAGACGAGAAGCCCGAGCACUGGGGCUGCUGAUUCGCAGGAACAGAAACUUUACGGUUACACAGUUCUGGAGAGAAGUGUUUACUGACUAAAGGAAGCUGAUAACUGAAGUUAUGUUUAUGUGGAUGGUAAAUCUGUGGGAUGCAUUUCAAGAGGAAAAACAACAUCAAAAGUGAUGUGUGUAAUUCAUUUCCAUGUUACAGCGUGUGGAAAGUUAUGUCAUACAUUGCAUUAUAUGUAACAUGAAUAGUCUUUAUACGGACAUGACAUUUUCUCUUAAACAGUCAAUGCUUAGGAUGAGCGCUAACAUGUUUUUAUAGUGCAUAGCCUUAUAUCUGGCCUUAAUAUAUAUUUAGCAUAUUUAGUCUUUGAUAACAUUUUGUCACUUUGAAAUUAUAAGGUUCGAUUUAAGAUAUCAAGCUUCAAAAUGUUUGCGUUCUACGUAGUGAUACAGGAUUUGGGGAUCAAGUCCCUUUCAUAAGUCCUAAAAUGUACUUACAAAAGGUUACAAAAAACAUCACAAUGUAAAUAAGUUGAAUAAAAAUAUUAAUAGCUUAAUUUUGACAAAAAAUUACAGAUAGAGCCUUAUAAUUCCAAG